AUGAGGUCUUCCACGGUUCCCGUACAGUCGCGAUUAAACGGUGAAUAUUUGGAAAAACGGUUGUCUUCUGACCACCGAUUACGUGACCUAUAUAUUAAAUUUAUGUCAGAAUAUUGCUCGUUAGGACACAUGUCGCCUACUUCGAACCCCGGAUCAUAUUACAUACCACAUCAUGCCGUGUACAAGCCGUCAGAAACGGGUCCGAAAAUCCGCGUAGUAUUCGACGCAUCCGCUCGGGCUUUUAGUGGCGUGUCGUUAAAUAAUUGUUUGCUACCCGGUCCAAAACUUCAACAUGACGUCGUGGACGUGUUGCUCUUGUUCCAAUUGCUUCGGUAUGUUUUUACAACAGAUAUCUGCAAAAUGUAUCGGCAGAUCUUGAUUGCCCCGGAACAUCAUAAAUACCAACAUAUUCUUUGGUGUGCGUCUCCACAUGAUAAACUGCAAGAAUAUCAGCUCAACACAGUCACGUACGGGGUGAAUUGUGCGCCGUACCUCGCCAUUCGUGUGUUACAACAUAUCGCGGAUUCUGACUGUACCGAAUUUCCAUCCGUUCGUAAGGCAUUUUUAUUUCACACAUAUGUUGAUGACAUAUGCGUCGGUGCCGAUUCCGAAGAGGCAGCAUUAGAACUUCAGUUUGCACUGAUCGCUGUUCUCGGACGAGCUGAGCUGGAAUUAAAGAAAUGGUCUAGUAAUACUCAUUCAAUUUUGAAUAACGUUCCCCCGGAAGACAGGGCCAACGAUGCAUUGCCAUUUGAUGAAGGCGAUGGAGUUAAGGUGUUAAGUCUCCGAUGGAGCCCACACGAUGAUGCAUUCACCUAUGGAUUCCAAAGUGAGAAGCUGGUAGCUACGAAACGCGGCAUGCUAUCGUUAAUAGCACGAAUAUUUGAUCCUUUAGGACUUCUGUCGCCAGUCGUUUUUAUGGCGAAACAUUUUAUGAAACUUGUAUGGCGAGCUAACGUCACCUGGGAUGAACCAUUGCCACCUUCCGUCAGUGACGUCUGGCACCAAUUUGUAACGGAGUUGCCAGAACUUCGGAAACUGUGUAUCCCGCGCUUUGUUCACACGCGGUUCGGUAUGCGCGUUGUGUUAUGUGAUUUCUGCGACGCAUCCGAACGUGGAUACGCGGCAGUAUUUUGUAUUCGUUCUUAA